GCCUUAACAUCAAAAAGACCGAGUAUAUGGAGUGCGGACCCCAAACCGACGGGACAAUCAGAGUUGGAGGGCAGCCAUUAAACAAAGUCACCGAAUUUAAAUAUCUUGGUUCUCUAAUACGGAGUGACGGGGACUCUCUUCCCGACGCCCGAGCCCGAGUCAACACAGCAUGGCUUAAAUGGAGACAAGUCACAGGCAUUCUCUGUGACCGUCGAAUGCCCAUAUCACUCAAGGGCAAGAUUUAUAAAACCGUUGUACGUCCGGUCGCGUUGUACGGUUCCGAAUGUUGGCCAGCCACCAUCAAACAUGAGCAGUCCCUCCAUGUUAUGGAGAUGAAGAUGCUCCGCUGGUCCCUCGGCCUCACGCGAUUCGACCGCGUCAUGAAUGAAGAUGUCCGAAGGCGCAUGGGCGUGGUGCCCAUAGUCCAAAAGAUGCGUGAAGCCCGACUCUGCUGGUAUGGCCAUGUCAUCAGAAGUGGAGAUGAGACAACGGUGAAAACGGCCUAUAAUCUAUCACCACCCGGACAACGACCGCGUGGCCGGCAGAAAAAGCGGUGGCUCGAUCGUCUGGCGGAAGAUAUGCGCGCAGUAAAUAUCACCACUGAAGAUGCCCUGGAUCGAGCCAAGUGGCGAAAAGCAUGCAAGCAAGCGGACCCUAUAUAA